AUGAGCAAUAAUUUUCGACGCUUCAACAUUCUGACGGAAGAGUGGAUUAUUGUGGCUGUAAAUCGGAUAAAUCGACCGUGGCAGCCUGAAAAGGGCGUUAAGGACCUCAAGGAGGAGCCUAAGGCCCCUAUGGCCCAAAAUCCCUUAGCUCCCGGAGCCCUAAGGACUUCAGGCCGAAAAAAUGACGGAUAUCUGGAGACCUAUGUUUUUGACAAUGAUUUUCCAAGUUUCACCGAGUUUGAAAAGUGUGCCGCGGAGGAGAGUGAGUUUUUUUUGCAAUUUUGCGGCGCCCACUUUUUUCGGCGCGAAAAAUGACGCAUUUUGAUGUAUUUUAGGAAAGCAUGCCGCAAAAUUGCAAGCCCCGCCCAUUUUUGCAACCCUGCGGCAUGUUUCAUAUCAAAAUCCAUCAUUUUUCGCGAAAACGUCGAAUUUUUCCAGUAAACUCGGAUUUGUACAAGCAACAAGAAGUUAGAGGAACUUGCAAAGUGAUUUGCUAUCAUCCGAAUAGCGAUUUGACGUUGGCAACAAUGCCGGUGGAAAGUGUGCGGAAAGUGGUGCAAUUGUGGACCGAAUUGUAUUUGGGUGAGCAUUUUGGAGCAUUUUGAGCCAAAAUUCGCCAAAAAUGAUGAAUUUUGAGCCAAAAUUCGUCAAAAAUGAUGAAUUUUGAGCUGAAAUUCGAAAAUUUCACCUAAAAAUUGACCUUAGGGUUCUCUAGCACUUUCUAAAUUGUCCUAAAGACUUUUGAAAAUGACCCUAAAGCUCUUUAGCUAUCCUUAAGGGCCUGAAGAAGAUUUUUAGACCCUUCAAAAGAAUCUUAAAGACCUUAGAGACCUUAAAGCCUUAAGGACCUUAGUAUCUAAGAUCCCUAAAGCCUUAAGGACUUUAGGCUCCUAAAAAAUGACCUUAUGGUUCGCAAAAUUGUCUUAAAGAUUUUUGAAAAUGACCCUAAAGCUCUUUAACUCCUUAAGGGCCUGAAGAAGAUUUUUAGGCCCUUCAGAAGAAUCUUAAAGACCUUAAAGCCUUAAGGACCUUAAUCUCUAAGGUCCUUAAAGCUUUAAGGACCUUAGAGACCUUAACCACCUUAAAAAGGCCUUAAAUCAUUUUUCUUUCCAGAUUUGGGCUCGAAAUACACGUGGGUUCAAAUUUUCGAGAAUCGCGGAGCCAUCGUCGGAUGCUCCAAUGCACAUCCACACGGACAGGUUUGGGCCUCCGAUUAUUUGCCGACGAUUCCCGAAAAAAUGAUGAAAUCGCAAAAAGUUGGUGGAUUUUUGAGAGGGAAAAUGGGGGAAAUUUGCGAAAUUUUGAUAUAAAACAUGCCGCAGGAUUGCAAAAAUGGGCGGAGCUUAAAAUCGAAGAAAAACCAUGCCGCAAAAUUGCAAGCUCCGCCCAUUUUUGCAAUUCCGCCGCACAGUAUCCCAAAAAUUGCAGAAAUUCCACGAAAAACAUCAAAAAUCAAUGCUACUCUCCUAUCUGGAUUCAGAAGUCGCGGAAAAGACGCGGAUCGUUUUCCGCACCCAAUUCUGGACAGUUUUGGUGCCCUUCUGGGCAUUUUGGCCCUAUGAAAUCAUGAUUCUACCCAAUCGAAAAUGCUCGAAAUUUGUGGAUUUAUCCGCUGCGGAAAAAUUGGAGUUAGCGGAAGUCGUGCAAAAAUUGCUGAUAAAAUACGACAAUAUAUUCGAGUGCUCUUUUCCUUAUAUGAUGGGAUGGAUGUCGGCGCCGGAAAAUGAGCCGGGAGCGGAGCAUUUUUGGCAACUACACUGUAGUUUUUAUCCGCCGUUGUUAAGGUGAAAAUUUGGAGCAUUUUGGUACAAAAAUCGUCGGGGGGACGAUAAAUUUGAAUUUCUAGGCCAUAUUUGGAUUUCUAGUCCACAUCUAGCGAGUUUCGGUUGAAAAAUCAUGAUUUUUGAUGGAUUUUGGAGAGCGGGGACGAGAAAUUUGGAUUUCUAGGCCAUAUUUGAAUUUCUAGUCCGCACCUGGAGAGUUUAGGUUGAAAAAUCAUGUUUUUUUGAUGGAUUUUGGAGAGCGGGGACGAGAAAUUUGGAUUUCUAGGCCAUAUUUGAAUUUCUAGUCCGCACCUGGCGAGUUUCAGUUGAAAAAUCAUGAUUUUUGAUGGAUUUUGAGGCUGUGGACGAGAAAUUUGGAUUUCUAGGCCAUAUUUGAAUUUCUAGUCCGCACCUGGCGAGUUUCAGUUGAAAAAUCAUGAUUUUUGAUGGAUUUUGAGGCCGUGGACGAGAAAUUUGGAUUUCUAGGCCAUAUUUGAAUUUCUAGUCCGCACCUGGCGAGUUUCAGUUGAAAAAUCAUGAUUUUUGAUACGAAAUGAGCUGGGGGACGAGAAAUUUGGAUUUCUAGGCCAUAUUUGAAUUUCUAGUCCGCACCUGGAGAGUUUAGGUUGAAAAAUCAUGUUUUUUUGAUGGAUUUUGGAGAGCGGGGACAAGAAAUUUGGAUUUCUAGGCCAUAUUUGAAUUUCUAGUCCGCACCUGGCGAGUUUCAGUUGAAAAAUCAUGAUUUUUGAUGGAUUUUGAGGCUGUGGACGAGAAAUUUGGAUUUCUAGGCCAUAUUUGAAUUUCUAGUCCACAUCUAGCGAGUUUCGGUUGAAAAAUCAUGAUUUUUGAUGGAUUUUGAGGCCGCGGAUGAGAAAUUUGGAUUUCUAGGCCAUAUUUGAAUUUCUAGUCCGCACCUGGCGAGUUUCAGUUGAAAAAUCAUGAUUUUUGAUACGAAAUGAGCUGGGGGACGAGAAAUUUGGAUUUUUGGAUUUCUAGGCCACCUAUAGAUUUUCUAGGUCAUUUUAAACCAUUUUCAUCUCAAAUUUCACAUCAAAAUUCAUAAUUUUCAUGAUUUCUAAGCUCAAAAUGCUCCAAAUUUCAAAAUAUUUUUUUCAGAUCCUCAAAAAUCCCCAAAUUUCUGGCUGGCUACGAAGUUUUCGCUGAAAAACAACGCGAUAUUUCGCCCGAAAUCGCAGCUGAAACACUGAGAAAUAUGCAAGAUGUACAUUAUACGAAAAAGAAGAAGCGAAGUUUAAUAUGA